AUGGCAACACGAGCAAAUGGCGUGGCCAAAAAGUCACUUAUUCUGAACGCAUUUGUUGAGAUGUGUAGCGGACAUCAGUCUCCAGGACUGUGGCGGCAUCCACGUGACGAGUCCUAUAAGUUCAACGACCUCCAACAUUGGGUUGAAUUGGCCAAAUUGUUGGAAUCUGCCAAACUCCACGGAAUUUUCAUCGCCGACGUUCUUGGUGGCUAUGAUGUGUACAACGGUAAUCUCGACGCAGCAAUUCGGUCUGGGGCACAGUGGCCAGUCAAUGAACCUCUGGCAGUGAUUUCUGCAAUGGCGGCAGUGACAGACAGUAUUGGGUUUGGCGUAACAGUUUCGACAACGUAUGAGCAGCCAUAUCAUCUGGCUCGAAGACUGUCGACCAUCGACCAUCUUUCCAAGGGCAGGCUGGGCUGGAAUAUCGUGACUAGUUACCUCGAUUCUGCAGCUAGGAACCUAGGCUACAGCGAACAACCCCAGCACGAUAAGCGAUACGAAGUGGCUGAAGAGUACAUGACCGUCAUGUAUAAACUCUUUGAAUCUUCAUGGAGGGAUGACGCGGUCGUCCUUGAUCGUGAAAGGAGUGUGUAUACGCUUCCGGUUAGAAUCAGACAAAUCGACCAUGUGGGCAAAUAUUUCAGAGUCCCCGGACCACAUAUCUGUCAGCCGAGUCCACAACGGACCCCGUUAUUGCUGCAAGCGGGAACGUCCAAAGCCGGGAAAGAAUUCGCUGCACAGCAUGCCGAGGCCGUGUUCGUUGCCGGUCAUAGCCCCUCGGUGGUGGCACGAAAUAUUGCGGAAGUGCGACAGCUUGCCGGCACCAAAUUUGGGCGAAAUCCUCAAGACAUUAAGUUUUUGUCCUUGAUGUGUCCUGUCCUUGGUCAAACGGCCGAGGAGGCGCAAGCGAAAUAUGUUGAAUAUCGAAGUUAUGCUUCGAUUGAGGGUGCGCUGGCCCUCUUGUGCGGUUGGACUGGCAUCGAUUUCGGCCAGUAUGGUGAUGAUGAGGAGCUGAGACAAGUUGAGAGCAAUGCAGUGAGAUCUGCUGUGGAAGGUUUCUCGCAUCAAGCACCAGGUAUUGCUCGAUGGACGAAAUGGACGGUGGCUGAACACAUCACUAUCGGUGGUCUGGGUGCAACGCCCGUUGGAACAGCGGAACAUGUUGCUGAUGUGAUGGAAAAAUGGGUUGAAGAGGCAGAUGUCGACGGAUUUAAUCUGGCAUACGCGCUCUUUCCGUCAUCUUUUGAGGAUAUCAUUACCCUUCUCUUACCCGAGUUGAGGUUGCGAGGUCUGUUCUGGUCCGACUAUGCGGUCCCCCAAGGUACUUAUCGAGAAAAUUUGUAUCAGCGUCCAGGACAGCGAGGACCACCCAAAGAGCACGUAGCGGCAUCAUAUCGAUGGAAGGCCGGGGUUCCAAAAGCAGACCAUGUUGUACCUAACAACUAA